ACUCAAACCACUUGUUCACUGCAGGACUUGCCGAUAGCAUGGGAGUUAGGAAAAAGCCAAUGCGAGUGUAUAGCGUGGUGAAGUAUGCAGCGAUUGCAUGUGGAGACGCUGAGGUGUUCAUGAAGUUUGCGCAGUCGAGGUACAAGGAGAAGAUAUGGGCCCACGCAGCUGGAGUGGUGAUUGUGGAAGAAGCUGGUGGUGUGGUGACUGAUGCUGGAGGGAGAAACUUAGAUUUCUCAAAAGGAGUUUACUUGGAAGGUCUUGACAGAGGAAUCAUAGCGUGUUCUGGUCAAGUUCUGCAUGAUAAGUUUAUAGGUGCUGUUAAUUGUAUGUUUGCUACAAUGCAUCACAUGUACGUUUGCUACAAUGCAUCAAGAGAAGAAGAAUCUAAGGUAUGUUUGCUACAAUGCAUCACAUGUACGUUUGCUACAAUUCAUUGUUCUUAUGCCACAGGUUGGGGCUUCAGCAGCUUAUUUAGAGACUGGUUUAGUCCUAGUUAGACGUUAUGUCACUCUAAUGUUCUCAUCAGUACUUAUCAUUACUUGGCUCAAUUUCUGGUUUGAUUUGGGUAUCUUGGACAGCAAGUAACAUCAACUGAAAAAUGAUUUCAAUUGUCUUUUUAAAUUUCUUUUUAUUUUAUUUUAGGAUUCCAAAUUGGGAUACACCAUUGUAGACAAUUUUUUGCAAUGAAUCCUUAACUAUUUAAACAAAAAAACAAAAACAAAAAAAUUAAUAAAAUAUGGCUAAGGAUUCCACAAUGGAAUCCACCAUUGUGGAUG